UUAUUAUUUUAAACUUUUGUAAAUUAAAAUGAUGAACUACGAAAGUAUACAAUAUCUUUUGUAUAAAUUGCGAUCUUGUGAUGCAGAAGUACAAAGCAGGAUUUUAAAGGAAAUAAAAUCCAAUAUCAAUUUACUUACUUCUGUGGAUGUAUCGCUGCUCUUGGAUUUCCUGAACACUGCUAACAAUAUAGAAAUAGAAGCAAAAGUAUUCUCUAUAUUGGCAUUGUGUUUAGCAAUAGAUGACACACAUUACGAAACAAUUGUGGCAUACCAUGCAAUUUACGAGAAAAUCGAAAACAUGCUCAGUAAAGGUUUGCCGUCGAAAACGACUGCCAUUUUGAACUUCAUUUGUCUUCUUGUGUACACCGAGGUAGGUGAGGGCAGCUCCUCAGUGAGGCGCACGCUGGCGACGCAAGCCAAGCACAUGAUCAGAGCCAGUGGCAGCCUGAGUAUCAUGGCUAGUCUGCUGGCUAGUAGCAUGGUGUUUCUAGACACGUGGAAGGCGCUAUGCCGGUGCUUGGCAGAAUGCUGUAGAGAUUGUCAGCCCAAUAAAGCGCAUUGCGCACAUUUAAUUCCAUUGUGUGUACAAAAAUGCGGCCAGGGGUUCACGGAGGUUCUCGAAGUUCUGCAUGCAAUUUUGAGCGACAACCCUAGGAAUAUCAGUCUCUUUCUGAACAGUAACGGAAUGCAAAUAUUCACAAGGGAUAUUCUGCAGCACUUGCCGUGUCUCCAAGUGCUCAGCUGCGUGGUGCAGAGCUCCACAGAAGCUGCCAGGGCCAUUCGACAACUCGACGUGCUCACCAAUAUUACUGACAUACUGAAGUGGAAUGGCCCCCAAUCACAGAAAGGACAAUGGUGCACCAUCAUUCUAUAUUACUUGGAGUCAAGCCAGGAUAAAAACGAAAACACAGCACCAGUACAAUUAAAUGAAAGCAAAAUGCAUGAAAAGGAAGACACAUUACCACAUCCUACACUACCACAAGGAAUCGCUAGUCCAAACGCAGACGAAAACAAAACCAAAGAAUCAAUGAACGACACUACAAGCUUAAUCCGAAACGUGGUAAAAGAAAUGCUGUAUUGGAAAGCGAAGGACGAAGCUGAUGAACGCAUGAAGCCAUACAUGAGCUCUUUCAUAGCGAAACCACAAGUGCAGCAAAAUGAAUACAACAUAGCUCAUGUGACAAUGACACGGAACUUUUCAGCAUUAUUUACUCCGAAAGAAAAUAUAAAGCACAGUCUGAAAUUGCAUGCGCCCAAUCCAUUCAGCAAUGUAAAGAAACUAGAAAGGCUCGCUAAAGCCGCUAAGGAUGAAGAAGAGUUAUCUUUUUCAUUCUUACAAAAAGAAAACAACAUGCAAUCUGGACAACGAAUGUUCCACCAUCAGCAAGAGUUGAAACUACCAGAGCAGCCGUCCAAACAUUUAAGAGGAAAUACAAAUAAAACCUCCAAUAUCAAAAAGGCAGUACGAGAAAUAAGCGUCCAAACAUUAGAAACGACACCAGCAUCCACUUUUAAAGCUGACGAUGAUAAGAGCACGACUAAUUCUAACAACUUUAAACCAACCAUUAUGUCGACACCGAAGCGACACUCUCGUGAACGCAGCGUUAGACACGACUCUAGACUAUCAAAACACACGUCUCGAACCAUCAGGAAGAACAAAACACAUUCUUAUUUGCAAGCGAAGCAAUUCGCGAGGCAAUUUCGGAAAGAGAUGAGCAGGACCAAGAAACAGGAGUCCUCUGUGAAAACGUUGACGACGCGAUCCAUGAGUUCUUCCUUCAUGAGUGUAGUGAACGAGUCGUGUACUGCACUCGCCAACACGGUACGAAGCGUGUUUAUGCCCUGGAAAAAAUUAAAUGCUACAUCUACCACCAAACAGUGUGACGUAUCCAAACAGAGCACCAAAACAGUCGCUCACUCGGCUAAUAGUUUUAUGAACUAUAUGCGCAAGAGAGAGGCGAUUCUCGGCAAUAUGUCGGAUGUUACAGAUGCGACGGAUGUGACGCGCAAUGUUCUCGAUGACAAUAUUGGACCAGCGGCUAAGGGCGAGAAUCCCUGUAACACUUGUAAUGACACAGCCAUGUUGAGAGAGAAAAUGGCUGAUAACGUGCAUUUGAAGAAAACAGUGAAGAAACUUAAGUUGGCAAUUAAUUUGUACGGCUGCGAUUUUAAAAAAAUAUCCAAGACGUUCUGGCCUCAAGAUGCUUACAUGACUCCGAGUGUCCUGUACAAUCUUUACAGAAAAUUAAUUCUUAAAUAAGAAAAUAAAAGUAACAUACUUUGUA